AUGUCCCGACUCCCCCAGAUAGCCCUGCGUGGCAUCACACGGUCUCUUCGUCCCUCGACUCGAUCCUAUGCCACAUCUACUGAAGCACCUACACUCCGAACUGCCCUAUUCUUCCCUGGUCAUGGCGUGCAAAGAAAAGGUAUGACCAGGCCAUGGGUCGAAGCCUUUCCACAGACCUGCAAGCCCUUUCUCGAGGAGAUGGAUGAAAUACUAGGGUGCAAACUCUCCACAAUGAUUGACGAAGGUCCAAUCUUACAACUAGACAAAAGCGAGAAUGCCCAGCCAGCCAUCAUGGCCGUCUCCAUCAUGAUCUUACGCGUGCUGGAGAAACACUUUGGUUUCAAGACCGACCAUGUCAUUGAUGUCACAUUAGGCCACAGCCUGGGAGAAUACGCUGCCCUGGUGGCUGCUGGCAAUCUCGAAUAUACUUUUGCCUUGGAUUUGGUGCGAAGACGUGGAGACGUUAUGGGCGAGUGCACGCGAAAAGCAAAGGAAGAAUCAGGCGAGGAUUUUGGCAUGAUUGCUCUGGUCUGUGAGCCCGAGCAGCUCGACUCUCUGAUAGCGGCCGUCAAAGAAUUCCUCGGUCAUGGAACUGAAGGAACAAAAGAUGACUCGAGUGGCGUGCCCGCAAUCCAACAAGUGGCCAUCGCCAAUGCCAAUUCUAAAAACCAGAUUGUCCUUAGUGGAAGCUUCCAACGCAUUCGAAAUCUGCUGGUGCAUAUUCGGGAGUUUGGCGGUCACGACCCACGCGCUGUCGAGCUGAAGUCUCGGAGCGCCUUUCACAGCCCCAUCAUGAUGCCGGCCUUUGAGUUCAUGAAGAAAGCUCUCACCCCCGACAAUGUCACCUUCCCAGGCCGCUUUCCAUGUAUCAGCAAUGUCACAGCCCGGCCGUUCUCCUCCAAAGAUGAUCUCAUCCAAAAUUUCUCAAGGCAAGCAGUUGACACCAUCCUCUGGUGGGACUCGAUCAAGUACUUAGACCGCAAUGCUGGGACUCUACGAUGGUUGGGUGUUGGACCGGGUAAAGUUGGCCGCAAUCUGGUUUCGAAAGAAGUCGGUCGCUCUUCGGCAAAAGGAGGUGGUGUCUGGUCAAUCACAGAGCCCGAUGAGAUAGAAGACGCUCUACGCGGGUUAGAGGCGACGGUCAAGGAAGAUAAACAGACGAAGUAA